UUUCCAAGUUGGUAAAACAUAUUUUUUUGGCUCCUUCUGUAUUGUUAUCAGUGUUAGAUACUGUAAAAAUUAUAAUUUCAUUAAAUGAAUUAAUGAUAUACUUACAAAUUCAUGACACUCAGCUGCCAUAGAUUUUGUGCCUUGAGUUGAGGGGUACUUCAUUUGUUUUCUAUUUUUCUUGUUUUGAUUGGAACGCUCUAUAAAUUUUAGGCUCAAAAACAAAUCAAUAAUCUCUUUCCAAUGCUCUCUUGUUACAUAGUGCUCAGGCGUAGCAUUGAGUGCCACUUCUAAAUUAUCAUGAUUUUCUUCGUAAUAUUUUUGAAAGAAAAUAUGCCUAAUGUUUUUUUCUUUCUGAAUAUCGUUUGCCCAUCUCAUGGUAAAGAGUCCUCAUCACUUUUUCGGAUUCUGGGUGACCAUCGAUAUCAUAAUAAUACUAUAUUUAAAGAAUUAAAUUAUUAGUUAGUUGUUUGAUUAUUUAUGAAGAAAAUUUAUUAUGCCCAUCAAUUGAUUACCUUCAUUCUCUGCACAAGUUGUUCCUUAAAAUGUUGACGUACGUCACUAAAAUCUAAGUAGUUCCCCGGCAAUAAUGUGCUCACUUCGACACCAAUUGUCGGAUGAAAGCUUGGUUCUCCAAGCCAACAACUUUUCUUGUACUGCAGGAUCAAGCGUAAGCAGCAAUGACCCCCGAUUUGUCCCCCUGUGAGUCUCUAAUGGUAUAUUACUAGCAACUUAAUAUAAAUAAUUAAUUUUUUUUGAAUGAUAUAAAUAAUUAAAUUUAAGUUUGUUAAAAAGAUCUUUUUUUCUUUAAUAAAAAAGUUUUUUCUAAUCAUUCUAAAAUUUGUUAAUUAUAUUAUUAUAUAAAUAAUAAUUAUUUAUAUAAAUUAUAUUAAUUUAUUAUUUACAUAAAUUUUCUUAAAAAAAUUUACUUUUUUUUUUUAUAUAAAUAAUCACAUAUUUUUAAAAUAAUUACAAAAUAACACAAUUUUUUUUGAAUAAACUUAGCAACUUUAUUAACUAGCAAUCAUUAAUAAUAAUAGAACGCACUUCGUUGGAACAAUUCACCAAUUGAAGCACACGACCUGGAGAGAAACAAGAAUCCUUGGCUAAAACAUGAGCCAGCUUGUUUGCGGAUCGUUUGACAAAACACAACUCAACAUUAUUUAAAGAUAAGAGAAGAGUACGAACAUCAUGAACUAAUAGAUCAAAAGAGGAUGACAAAGUAAUUUGGCUAUCAGUUUCCAAAAUCAAUUGUCCCCACACAAAUGACGGUCAAUCCAGCUUAAAGCUUCUUUUAUUCUAACAAAUUCAUCUAUUUCAAGUUGCACCUGCAAUUUCGACAUAAAAAUUCCUGUCAUUUUCUCCGCUACCUCCAUUUGUUGAUAACUACUCGACGUCAUGGACACCUGAACGAACCCAGAACCAAGAACCAAUAACUAACGCCAGUUAAUAUCUAUAGAUAAAUAUAUAGAUUAUUGGCUAAUUAUAUGCAUAAAAAAUUAAUUUUUUUUAAAACAAAAUGUCAUUUGGCUAUGAUGAGCAUUUGAUCAAGCAUGCCACAACAUUAUUUUAUUUGAGGGUGAUAAUAUAAACCAUGAUACUAUAUAACACGACUUAAUUAAAAAGGGUAUGAAAUUAGUGAGUUUGGGUUUAGCAUAAGCAAAUAUGAGUCAAAAUACGAUUAAUAUGAACUUCUUUAAAUAUUAUGUUAAUUGUAUCUGUCAUUAUCAAUUUAGAAUUAUGUCGUAUUUACAUAUACAUUUUGUAACACGUUAUUUAACCAUAUUUGUGUUAUACAUCGCGUCAUGGCGAAAUCUUGCUAGCCCGAAACACAAUACAAUUAGGGAAAUUUUCAUAUCUAUACGUAAUUUACAAUCUAUUAACGUAAAUGACGUUAAUUAAUCUAAUGCACUCCUAAUAACGUGCCACCUCAUCACCAUGUACCGUAAAUCCAAAAAAAACCCAGACUGCCAACGUCAUCAAAGGCGCUGCAAUCAUCCAAAAAUCAAGGGAUUUUAAUUCCUAAAAAGCGCGUGAUCUAUAAUCAAAAAGGAAACCUAUAAAUCUAUAAUCCAAAAUCUGAGAAUUCAAAUCAAAACUUGAAAAAAAAAAAAACAUUCACGAACAAAAAAAAAAAAAUCGUUCGACAACCGAUCGAACAUCCUAAAAACAGUUUUCGAUUCUGCAAACUGCACUAACGAUUUGCAAAAUCGCUUCCCUGCGAUUAUACAAAUCAAUAUCACAACUGCAAAACUUCUCUCCAAAAAAAAAAAAAAACUCCAUUGACGAACAAAAAAAAGCUUCAGAAACAAAAAAGUCACAGCUAGCUGAAUCAGAAUCAUCGACAGAUCAACCAAAUAGUCAACAGAGCAAAUGCGAUCAAGAAUCAAAGCUUAAGAAAAAAUUACCUUCUGCAGAGUACUCGACGACAUGUACAUCUUCAUCGUCUUCCUCUGCCUUUCCUAGAAGCACCACCAAAAGCUAUCAAAAAUAGGUAAUUAUAAAAGUUAAAAAUACAUAACUGAUUAUUAUACAAACAAUACUUUCAAAUACUUAUGUGAGAAAAUCGUUUUUUAUACGUACAUUUGUCAAUAAAAAAAAAUACUUAGAAUAAUCAAAACUGUUUAUAAUAAAAGUUACAUUUGCAUUGAUUAAUGACAGUUUGAUAUGGAAGAUCCAAGAACAGUUAUGAUAUUUUAUAAUGGACAAUGGGUGGACAAAACAAACUACACAGAUUUUGAAGUGACAGGGAUAUUGAUACCAUCAAAAUGUUCUUACAACCUACUUGCACAAACAAUAUGUUCUACUUUGGGUUUGGACAGAAGUAAACAAAACAUUGAUGUUCAAUUCCAAAUUAAAUCAGGAAUACCACCCAUGAAGAUUACAGAUGACAAUGGCUGCAGAUUUUAUGAACAAAUCAGAAAAAAAGAUGAUGAUGAGACCAAAUACCCUAUGAUGGUAAACCUUUCAGCAGCCAUUCCACCAUAAAACAUUGGUAGCAGCUCCAUCAAUCAUGACUACUCUGAACAUACAAUGCAAAUCACACAGCCUAUACCUACAAGGACAGAGUAUGCACAAAACAUGGCAGACUUUGUAAUCAAUCAAGUUGAAAAUGCAAUUGAAACAAGCCAGCAAGCAACAAGUCAAGUGAUCUCAGAUCCUCAUGUUGAUAACAUAUUUGUUGGACAAGUUUUUUCAAACAAGGAAACACUACAAAAUGCUGUCAGCCUAUACUCAAUAAGAAGAAAUCAGCCCUUCAAGGUAAAAAGAUCCUCCAAACUUGACUACAAGCUAGUUUGCAUCGAUGAAAAUUGUAAAUGGAGUUUCUUGGCAUCAAAACAUGGAAAAACAAACAUGUUCAAAAUCAGAAAGAUUCAGCAUUCUCAUACAUGCUCAUUAGAUGUCACAUCUGUAGACCACCCUAAUGCAACAAGCAACCUGAUUGGUAGUGUAAUAAGAACCAAAUUUGUAAACCCAAAGAGAGACUACACACCAAAUGAAAUAGUGGAUGACAUGGCAGAUGACUAUAGUGUCUCCAUAUCUUACCAAAAAGCAUGGAGGGCUAGAGAAAAGGCUAUUGUAGAUGCAAGACGCUGUCCACACGAAUCGUACUCUGAAAUACCAAGAAUCUUGUACAUGAUGGAAAAAUGCAACCCAGGAACAAUCACAGACCUUGUCACAGACGAGAAUGGCCACUUCAAAUACCUAUACUUCGCAAUAGGUGCUUCCAUCAAAGGUUGGCAACACUGCAAUCCAAUAAUAGUCACGGAUGGUACUUUCUUAAAAAAUCAACAUGGUGGAACAUUGUUAAUAGCUAGUGCACAAAAUGCAAAUAGACACAUAUUUCCACUAGCAUUUGCAAUAGUAGACUCUGAGAAUGACACUUCAUGGAACUGGUUCUUCAGCAAACUAAAAGAAUCAUACAAUGAGAGAGAAGGGCAGUGCAUUAUUUCAGAUAGACAUGAAAGUAUUGCGAAAGCAGCAAAUACAAACUUCCCAAACCUCAUGCAUGGAGUUUGUUGCUACCACUUGCUAAAGAAUAUCAAGACCAAGUUCAAAAAAGGGGGAGAUGAACUCAGAAAUGCAUUCAAUGGUGCUUCCAAAGCUUACAAUGCUGCUGAAUAUGAAAAAAAUAUGAGAGAUCUAGACAAUAUUCAUAGCGGCAUAAGAGACUAUCUGGUAAACGAAGUUGGAAACAGUAAGUGGACAAGGUUAUACAGCCAAAACAGGCGAUACAAAACAAUGACAUCGAACAUCGCAGAAUCUGUGAAUGCAGCACUCAAAGAAGUAAGAGAGUUACCAAUAGCAACUUUACUAGAAUGUCUUCACUCUUUGGUCCAAAAAUGGUAUUGGGACAACAAAAAUAGAGCAUUGUCUACAUUCACAUACUUGGCACAAAAACCAGAGAAAAGUCUACGAAAAGAGCGAGAUAUGAGCUUAAAGUACAAGGUAACAUAUCUGCCUUAUAAAAAUUAUUCCAUAAUUAUAUAA